AUGCCACUAAACGCAAGUCAUCUCUUGCUACAAUCACAUCCAGAUCCCCGAGAAGAUAUCAUCUAUAUCGAAUACAGUCUCCUCGGCCUGUUAGUCCUCUUCAACGCAUUAAUGAGCCUCGGCUUGCUUUUUGCGGGUAUCUACCGGCUUACCGUAGGCCCCGAAGAUGGCCCGAUUCCGCAAAUGGCCUGCUUACGACUGCCCCACAGUAUCCUCCUCUCCGGGGUGCCAUGCGUCAGUUCGGUCCUCCUUCCCUUCAUUGCCAUCGAUCGGCUGGUGGCUAUCAGCCGUCCAUUGGAGUAUCGCGUACGCCAGGCGUACAAGGGAUACUACGCCAAGUACGGGAUUUUGUUUAUUUUCAUCUUG